AUUGUAACUGCUUGUUGUUUAUUUUUCGAUAGGUUCUAUGGGUCAUUCAAGUGACCUGGCUGCAAUGGUUGUUCGUGCUGAUUGGUUCGGUGGCGAGUGGGGCUGUGCUCAUACAGUCCUUGUGGCCUUCGUUGCGGCCCUCAGUGUUGGAUGACACGACCAAGUCCUGGUCCUCUUGGGGCCUUGUCGGGAUCGUUGCCUUUUUCCAUCUUCUUCUGGCGGUGGGAUUCAUGCUAUACUUCUUCCACGUGCCAGCGACUGCAGUUCCUUCUCAGGUCGACUCAAACAAUCUACCCGAAAUUCCCGCUACUGAGAAACCACUGGUGAAGGUCGAAGCACGAAAGGAACCUGCUCUCAAAAACAUAGAUGCUGAACAGGCGGCAAGAGCCGUGGGUGUGAGAUCAAACACGUCGAAUAACCUCAAGGAUAAUCCAGAUAACGUGAAGGAUGGUGGAUCCAACCAGAAAAUUAAUGGAACGAAUCGAUAAUUUUUAUUUUAAAAAUGUUAGCGGGAUUUUGUUGGUUGUCUAAAGCCUCUCCUUUUCUUCGUUGUUCUUCUUGAGGUGCAGUCCAAACAUUACAUUUCUCCCGUUGGCCGCGUUUUCACUCAAGUACAGUAAUUAAUCUUCUUGUAGCCUCUUUCAAAAGGACCAUAGCUUUGAUUAAAAGCGAAGUAAGUUCAAUGCUAAUGCACUUGAUCAACAAUUCUGGACGAGAUAUAAUCGAGAAACUAUUUUUAACGAUUUGCUUUGAAUGGCAUGCUCAGUAAUGACCUGUAAUCGUCAUCAUGGCUGAAGCACGUCAUGGUUUAAAAUUAGUAUUUGUUUCACAAUGUUCACGUACCCUACUGGUGAUUCAUCGACUUGGAAGUUCAAUUCAUGCUUAAUUUCUGCGUUGAUUUCCUCGCAUGAUGAACGAAAAUAUUAUUAGAUGGAAGCCGCCGCUUCUCUGUUUGAACGAGGUUACUAAUAUUGUUUGUAUUCUCCCUCUUGCCUUAUCUGUUCGCUAUUCCCAAAGUAUGGGAAAAAUGGCCGGUGGGAAAUCGGAUUGUUUUCUUCAUCAUUCUCUUAUUGUUCCUUGCCUGCGUCACGGAUUGUGUUGUUUUACGAUUCUUGAUCGUGAGAGUGUUUCUGCUGAUUUUGCUGCACAUUUGCAUGGUUUAGUUGCGGAGGUUCAGAGGAAAAGUCAGCGAAAAGAUGACUUCAGGUGGGGGUUGCUGUGAUAAUCGAUCGGUUUUCUUGAAGCACUUGGAAUGAAACGAGACUGUUGUACGUUAA